AGAGUGCGGAAGUGAGAAGGAGAACUACGUUUCCCUUAAUGCCCCGCGCGGCGCCGACCGGAAGGCCUUUUCGUCGCUGUAGCAACGGGACGCCAUGGGCAUGGACUACUACGCUGUGCUGGAGCUGGACCGCGGCGCCACCUCCGACGACAUCAAGAAGGCUUAUCGGAAGUUGGCUCUGAGGUACCAUCCAUUAAAAUGCAAGGAGCCCUGGGGGCCGAAGAGGUUCCAGCAGCUGGCAGAGGCCUACGAUGUGCUCAGCGACUCCAUGAAGAAAGGCAUCUACGACAAAUUUGGGGAAGAGGGGCUCAAAGGUGGCAUCCCCUUGGAGUUUGCGAGCGACAACCCUUGGAGCGUCGGAUAUGUGUUCCACAACAACCCUGACAAAGUCUUCAGGGAGUUCUUUGGAGGGGACAACCCCUUUGGAGAGUUCUUUGCCGAGGAUGGCUCGGAGGUGCUGCUGCCCUUCGGAGGGCCCCGAGGCCGGGGGGCGCUGCAGCGGGACCCCCCCAUCGUGCGGGAUCUCUACGUGUCCCUCGAGGACCUGUUCCAUGGCUGCACCAAGAAGAUUAAGAUCUCCCGCAGGGUGAUGAACGAGGAUGGGCAAACAAGCACCAUCAGGGAUAAGAUCCUAACGAUUGACGUGCAGCCGGGAUGGAAGCGGGGCACCAGGAUCACCUUCGAGAAGGAAGGAGACCAGGGCCCAAACAUCAUUCCAGCUGACAUCACCUUUGUUGUCCAAGAGAAGCUUCACCCAAAGUUUAAAAGAAUCGACAACAACCUCCUUUAUGUUGCCACAAUCCCCCUGGGAAAGGCGCUGACUGGAUGCACCCUGGAUGUGUGGACACUGGAUGGGAGGCUGCUGAACAUCCCCAUCAACGACAUUGUGCACAGGUUUGGGGCUGCAGGAGGAGGAUGAUGCCCACAGUGGGCAACUCUUCUGGUCUGGGGCCAUGUUGCUGGGAGCAGAGGCAAGGAGAGGGCUGGGCGUGGGUGGAUGAGGGGGAUGCUGGAGCCUGGAAGAGGAGGACAGGCACCUGGAUGAAGCUGGAGGAGCAAAUAACCUGAGAAACCCACGUGGGGCUCUGCAGGUGGGGCUCAUGGCUCCCGUGUUGGGAUCAUCCCUAGGCUCC